AUGCGUAACACGGUCGAACAAGUGAUCGAGUGUAUGAAGCUGGACGGCAUGAUAGCGAAGCUCAGCGAGAAAUGGUUUGGUGUUACACCUGCUGCGGAAUCAGUCGCAAUGACUGUCAGUGCAGGCUACGGGGUGACCAACCUGCAUAAAUCGUUCGGUCAUCUGGAGGUUUUGAAAGGGGUUACUCUCAGCGUCGCCCCCCGCGAACUCGUCUUCAUCAUCGGCCCUUCGGGUUCCGGCAAGAGUACCUUUCUACGUUGCUGCAAUCGCUUGGAAGAACCCAACCGUGGUUCGGUAAUCGUUGAUGGUGUCGAUCUGCUGAAUAAAAAAACCGACAUCAAUGCAAUGCGCCGCCGUAUUGGCAUGGUGUUUCAAUCAUUCAAUCUUUAUCCGCAUAUGACCGCGCAUGGCAAUGUCACUUUGGCCUUGCGCAAAGUAUUAAAAAAAUCCCCCGCUGAUGCUCGCCACGGCGCACUCCGCGCUUUGGAAAAGUCGGUCUGGCUGACAAAAGCGAUACCUACCCCAAUGCACUUUUCCGGUGGCCAGCAACAACGAGUCGCCAUCGCUCGCGCCUUAGCGUUAGAACCCAAGAUCAUGCUGUUCGACGAAGCCCACAGCGCACUCGACCCUGAGCUAGUCGGCAGCGUGUUGCAAGUGAUGCGAACCAUGCGUGAAUCAGGUAUGACAAUGGUAGUCGUCAGUCACGAGAUGCAGUUCGCCCGUGCGGCGGCGGAUUCGGUGAUUUUUAUGGAUCAAGGUUUGAUCGUCGAACAAGGCCCACCGGAACAGCUAUUCACCAAUCCGACACAGGCGCGCACCCGCGAAUUCUUGGCUCGCAUCGAGCGCCACUGA